CUCUCUCCCUCUCUCUCUCCCUCUCUCUCUCCCUCACUCUCUCUCUCUCCAACCACUUCUCUUUCUGACUCAGUCCAUACUGGUUCUAAGCCCCACCCACAUGACCCCACUGUGAACUCUGACCCCAGUUUUAGGGUCGUCACCAUGGCACCCAGACAUUCUGAUCUUCCCGCUGCUGGUGUCACCACUCUUCCCUCCACACACACGUCCGGAACAUUCCGAAUGCGCACACAAAAACACACUCACCUCAGCACAGAACACACACACACAGAUCUUAGCCAAUCGGAUGACAGCAGCCCUAGCCCUGCCCACCCCACAACACCUAGCCUGGAGGUGGCGCCAACACACACACACACUAACACACACACACACACACAGACACACACACAGAAAAAUACACACACUAACACACACACACAAACACAAACACAGAAAAAUACACACACCAACACACACACUCCACUGCCCACUCCUCUGUACCCAGCCACGAGCAGCACACACACCUCACGUCCAGACACACACACACCCGCGCCAGACACACACACACCCGUGCCAGACACACGGACACCACAUCCACACACCUCUCAACGGCAAUCUGACACACACACACCCUCGCCCCGCCCCCUGACCUCCAGGGCGGCUCCUGAUUGGACACACAGAGGGCGUGUUUUCAUUGAAGAGGACCAACCGCCGCUGCUCAAAGAGGAGAGUUUUCAGCUGCUGCUGCAGGUGCUGAUGGAGGACUGUUCACUAGGGGAGGGAUCAGUAGAAUGGUUGGAGCCCUUUCUGCAGAGGGCAACAGGAUACCAGAGCCAUCAUCUCACCUGGAGCAGUGGCUGUGUUCUACAGUCUGUUGUCGUGUUUCACACUGCUGCUGCUCUCUCUUGGAUGAGAGGGGCGGAGUCUCUACUCCAUGAGGCGGGGCUAGCACAGGCCCUGAGGGAGGGGCUUAUCGUCCAGGGAGUCAGAGUGAAGAACAUCACUGUUGGAGGCCUCCAGGUGAGCGUAUGUGAUUGGUUGCUGGAGUGUAGGGCGGGGUUUGAGUGUGUUUCUAUUGGACGGAACUUCACCUGUCGCUCUGCCUGCCACGCCCACUUCUGCCACAACCACGGAAUCUGUGUGCAUCACCGUGGGCAACAGCCUUCCUGCCAGUGUCCUGUCGGAGAGCAGUUCUGGUACAUGGGGCGGCGGUGUGACGUGCGAAUGACGCACCAAAGACUUGUGGGUGUGUGCUUUGCUGUGGUGGUUGCCAUAGCGAUAGCAAUGGCCCUCCUUUGCUACCUGGUGAUUCGCAGAUUCAAAACGCUCCUGAUCCAGGCUAAAGUAGACCAGACACGAAGCAGUUAUCGCAGGUUUAACCACUUUGAUGAGCUGUCUGCACGCUAUUGGUCGCGCUCGCUGGCGGAGUCAGGUGACUCUCUGGAUAACCCCGCCUUCAGCCGAUCGGAUGAGCUGCUGCACCUGCGCGCCCGACAACGCACCUGCUGUUACCAUGACGACACACUCUCCAUCUGUUCCACCUGGCAGGGCAGUGCCAUCCAGCUGAACACCAUCUACGGUUCUCAGUACGGAGGGGACAUGAGUAACUACAGCAUGCCGGAUGCAGUGGUGGAUUCUGGGAAGGCGAGUGACCUAUCUGUGUGCAGCUGGCCUAUCGAACCGAUCCAGUGGACCCCCUUUCCCCUGCUACAGCAACUACACACACAGAACACGGUGAGGUCCUCUCGUCCGCGGUCCUACUGUGAGGGAAUGGAGCUGGUGGAUUUGGAGAGGAGCUGGACAGCUUAACGAGUUUACGAGGACCAGUUUAACGAGGACCAGUUUAACGAGGACCAGCUUAAUGAGGAACAGCUUAACGAGGAACAGCUUAACGAGUUUACGAGGACCAGCUUAAUGAGGACCAACUUAACGAGGACCUGGAUCUUAAAGAAGAACAACUAUUAAAUUAUCAAUUAGCUGAUCCUUUAUAUGGAGAGGCGCUGGCAGCUCAACGAGUACCUGGAUCUUAACGAAGACCCUCUAAUGGGGUUCCACUAACGAGGGGUUCCACUAACGAGUCAUCAAUUGGAUCUUAACGAAGACCCACUAAUGGGGUUCCACUAACGAGUCGUCAAAUGGAGCUUAACGAGGGGUUCCACUAACGAGUCGUCAUCAAUUGGAUCUUAACUAAUGGAGUUCCACUAACGAGUCGUCAUCCAUUGGAUCUUCAGGUUGUCUGUAGAGGAGCUGGACAGUUUGACGAGGACACGCAUCUUAACAAGGACCAACUAAUGAGUGCCCUCUAAUUGGUUGUAACCAUGCCGACUCGCUCCGUAACCAUGCCGACUCACAGACUGUAUCGGACCAAAGACCUUUCCUGCACAUCCUACUUUCAGAAAUAAAGCAGAACUGUUUCGUGGACAAAAUGAACAUUUUCUCCACAACAAAUGUUUGUGGUGGACACAAUGCAUUCUGGGGGUUACAUGGUAAUAAUGGUGUCAUAAUGAAGGAGUGCCCGCUGUGCACAGAAUGUGUUUCUGUAACCAUGCCGACGCACAGAAUGUGUUCUGUAACCAUGCCGACGCACAGAAUGUGUUCUGUAACCAUGCCGACGCACAGAAUGUGUUUCUGUAACCAUGCCGACGCACAGAAUGUGUUCUGUAACCAUGCCGACGCACAGAAUGUGUUUCUGUAUACGAAAUAAAGUCUGUUACACUUGGCAUCCCAUAA